AGUACACCUUAAUCAAAAUCUAAAUAUCAUUCGUGUAUCUCCGCAUGUAGCAAGUGGUUCUACGUGUCUAUAUCGGUUGGCAUAUAAUAAAAAAGGCGAUCGCUUAUUUAAGAUGAUUGUCAGGAUGAUCAACCGCUUUUUGAUACUUUUUCUUACAAUCGAGAGAGUAGCGCAUCUUCAAAUAAUGGAACGGCAGCUAUUAUCACCGCUCGACGAAUACGCAUGCGUCGCCAGUUUAAAGUUUUACUUGAAAACGGAAUUGCUUAUGGAAUUUUUCACAAAACUGGCCCUGAAUGAAACUAUCUGCCCAAUAAGUAAUUGUUCUGUGACGUUAGCUGAUGUAACGGAUGCAGCUGAAUUAUCCAAGCUGUCUACCAAUGUUUUAGCAAAGGGCAGCGAAAGUCUCAAUUUAAAUGACACUCGCCUGUACGAAGCUGUUAUGAAAUGUAACAUGACAGUGAAGUCUACCUUAUACUACUUUCAAUUAUUUGAUAUGACUUUUUCUGAAAUUUACAACAAGUUUGUAAACAGUCUGACGGCUCCAGAAGAAAUGGUGCAAAGUUCCUUAAAAGCGAUUAAUGUCAGUCUACCCGACUUUAUGGCAGCUGUGGCUUAUGGAAACGAUAAGAACCGCCUUACAAUUUUAUCUAAGGGUAACUACUCUUUAAAUAAUGUCAAUGCAAUUUUGAAUAUAACAAGAAAAAAUUUUACCGAAAUAAUAAGCUGUAUACCGCUGAACAAGAUUUUACAGAACUUGAGUAAAGUAAACUCCACGAAACUGCAAAAUUUCGUUAUCGAUGCUGGAAUUACAAGUAACAAAUCAAUUAGUUUCUUCAAACAAUUUAAUAUAUCACUUACUACUUUCUUAAAACGUCAACAGUUUGCCGAUAUUGUGGAUGAUAUAUAUAAAUCGCUCAAUAAGGAGGAAGCUUUAGGAGUCUUUGUAGCGAGACAAGUGGCUAUAACUGUGAAGAGAGCGAUUACUGUAGAUUCUUUCUUAAGAAACGCCAGUGAUUUUCUAGGAAAUUACUCCCAAUUAUUUUUAGAGAGUGUAGCAAAUCCUUUGAAUAAAUAUCAAGUGAAGAGAAUUGCAGUCUCCUCCAAUCACUAUUCAAGAGAAGUUGCGCACAUAUACAGCGCUACUCCGUUUCUUGGGAAGUUGGUCAACAUUUCUUCGACUCAAAAUCUAUCCAGGUUGACCAAUUGCACAUACGUAUCCAAAUUGCCUGGAGGUGGCCUAUUCGUUGAAAACAUAACUGAUGCCCAUGUGGACAAAGUAACCUUUACCGCUAUUAAAUCGAGCAAGACCACCUACAAUUUAGGAAGCCCCUUAUUUUGCAAGAGCUUAUUGUAUGGAUUAGCUAUUGAAAAUUAUCCGAAGUAUAUCAAGUUUACAUCUUUCGAGGUCAAUAGUACCAUUAAACCCAUCCUGCCUGGUCCUAAUGAAGUGUCAACCACUCCUUCAGCAACUACCAAAUCAUCGGAAAGCUCAAGCAACAGUAACCGAAUUAUUUUAAGCCUGAUAUUGAUAACUACAAGUAUUUUACAGUUGUAAUGUUAUAGCAGUUUAGAAAUUUUAUUAGUGUAUUCCAGUAUUGCAAAUAGUUUGGUUCCGGUGAACUUUUACUGUAAUGAGUAUAUAAUGAGAUGUAUAAUUAUUCUAAUAGUUGUUUUUCUCUUAACUGUGUAUAUCGUGUAUGCAAAAAUAUAUGAUUUGUUUUUCGAGUGUGUCGUA